CAUUGCCGGACUUACUUCCGCGCUCUUCCGCGGAUUCAUCCGAGUAUCAAGUGCUCUCUCUGAUGAUUAUAAUCUAUGCUUGAUGAGAAACAUCAUCAUCAAUGGCCCCUCUAUGUUAUGACCCUGAUUCACUGGACGAAUUGGAGGUUGCCCUUCCUUCGUCUCCUCUCAUAACUCUUAGCAGCAAUGCCUAUCUACAACCUCCCCUCACUCGUCGAGGAACUGGUCCAGGAAUGAUUGCGUUCUUGCCUCCAUCUUCCGCCUACAAACCCAACAUAGAGAAUACUUUGGAUCCAGAACCCGUACAAAAAUGGGCUGAAGAAGGGUUUGCAGUUGUCGGAGUAACCAGCGGUGAAGGAUGGUCAAUUGAAGAAGCUCUGACGAAAGGCGUUGAGGCCUUGUUGUCUCUGGAAGAGCUUGACACCAGGGAUAAAUUUGCGGUAUAUGUAUACGACCCAAAUGCUGUUUCCGAAGUCCUUUUGCGAAUCCAACAAGCCAAUGAUACCCGCCUGUCCUGUAUUGUGGCUAUUGGUAAUCCUGAAAAGCUCCCUCCCGUCCCUACGUACCUCCACCUUCCUCCCACAGCCGACUACCCUCAAAUCCCCAAUACCAUCUCCCACAGAUUUACCAAAUCACCAUACUUUCUCCUUCCUCAAUCGUCCGAAUAUGUACCUGGCGAAGCGACGCUCGCGCACAGUCGUGUAUUGGAAUUUCUACGAAGGAUUUUAGGAGGCCCUGUUUUCGACAUUGAAGCCAUCUGGGAAGAGCACACAUACUUCGAAUUCGAAGUACGAAGUGUCGCCAAAACUAUGGGAACGAUGGUGGCUGAACCAUACGUGAACCACGUACCUACAAUGACGGGUGGUGUCGGGCGAAAGGCUCUCAGCGCCUUCUACAGAGACCAUUUUAUCUUUGCGAACCCUGCUGAUGCAACCAUGAUACCUGUUUCCAGGACAGUCGGAAGUGACCGUGUCGUUGAUGAAUUCAUUUUCAAGCUGACUCACGACAGAGUCGUUGACUGGCUCCUUCCCGGAGUUCCCCCAACCGGGAAACUUUUGGAGAUACCCAUGAUGGGUGUCAUCAACAUUCGGGGGGACCGUUUAUACCACGAGCACAUCUGGUGGGAUCAAGCAACCGCACUCUUCCAAGCUGGAAUUUUGGCUAGCCAUGUACCAUAUCCUACUACAGAGGGACAGAAGAUGUUGCGUUUGCCAGUUUCAGGUGCAGAGAGUGCACGCAUGCUGAUCAAUGAGAUGGAUGGAAAGAGUAAUGUAAUGCUGGGCUCUGAUUGGGGCAUUAGUACGCUUGAGUCAGUAAGUUCUUGACCGCGAAGCUCAUUCUUGUCGACGUCAACAAUGCAGAUAAUUCAAUGAUAGUAUGAACCACUCUGAUUUACUAUCCGGUACUCUACAUACAUCAAUUUGUUCUGUGUACAUGCAUUCAAACUUGAAUGCGAAUAUUCUUCAACUUUUCUAGUUCAGCCGCGUUCCACAUGGCCAAAGCUACCACGUCAGCACCCAAAUUCAUGAAAUCGACUAUAU